AUCCGGGUCUUUUGGUUCACGGACAGCCACUUCCAUUAGCCUCCGACACCGCUUUGUAAUUGUGAAGGAAUAAGGCCAGUCAAAAUGCAAACUUCUCGUGUGAAUAUCGUGUUUUUAUCAUAUCUGCAUGUUUUUCUGUCUUUAACAUGUUUUCACGAGGUCGUGGGAGCAGCUGGAGGAAAAGGGUUUGGAGAAAACAUCCACUGGAGGACGCUGGAAGAUGGCAAGAAGGAAGCAGAGGCCAGUGGACUGCCAAUCAUGCUCAUCAUCCAUAAGACCUGGUGUGGAGCCUGCAAAGCACUGAAGCCCAAAUUUGCCGAGUCCAAGGAAAUCUCUGAACUUGCACACAACUUUGUUAUGAUCAACCUGGAGGACGACGAGGAGCCAAAAGAUGAUGCCUUGACCCCUGAUGGAGGAUACAUUCCUCGGAUUCUUUUCCUCGAUCCAAGCGGCAAAGUCCAUUCUGAAAUUACCAACAAGAAGGGCAAUCCAAACUACAAGUACUUCUACAGCAAUGCAGACCAAGUUAUAUCUGGCAUGAAGGAGGCUCAGGAAAGGUUGACAGGCGACGCCUUCAAGCAGGGUCACGCAGAAGACGAGCUGUGAGGACGCAGAGACGGGCAUCAGGCUGUAAGGGCUACACUUCCUCUACCUGAGCCUGUGCUGCAGACCACCCCCAAACACUCUCUAUUUAAACUGUAACUUUAGACAGUGAGGCUCCAUCUCACUUAGCAAACCAAGCCAACCAUUAAAACGGUGCUUGAGUCUUUCUUUUUGUUCGAUUCCUUUCUUUUUCUGAUAUUACUGUACUCAUGUUCCUGUCAUUGUUUUAAAAACAUGUAUAUUUGUAAGUAAUUAAGUGCCAUGUACUGUACUUACUGCCUGUAGAGGAUACAACCAAGUCAUGCAAGCCAAGUUAACAGUUAUUCACUUACACGCCUGUGUGCUGUUGUCAGACACACCUGGAUAAUGCCAAGUUUUAACAGGUGAGCUGUCUCGUUUUUCACCAGACAACACAGAGGUUUUAAAGAAUAGAAAGGUUUAUCUUUGGAGAGGACUGUUUGAUUCACUAACCAGUAACGUUAUGUUUUCACCCAACAGCAGUAAUACUUCAUGUUAGUCAGAAUACAUAUUUAAAUACCUACAGUGAUGUGCUUCCAAUGAUCCUCUACAGUCUUAACUCCAUGGUGUCAGUAUUUAACAUUCACUAUAACCGUAUUUCUAUUAUACACUUUCUUUUACUCCUGCCAGUGUACCUGCUUAUUAGCCUGACUGUGUUUUCUGGUUCUGAGUUUGUUUUGCUGCUCGUAAAGUUCUUGGUUCAUAUUUUUUAAAUGAGGGAUAAAAACAUUGGUAAAGUGUCUUGGUGUAUUUUCUACAUGUACACAGCCUAGUGUGCAAAUAAAGUUUGUUCUACUUAA